AUGGCCUACACCAAGCAGCUCCCUGGCGCCGCCGGAUGGACAGCUAUCAAGAUCGAGGGCUGGUGGUACACGUACCCCGCGCGAGCUUCAACCAACACAUCGCCAUUGCCGCCAUCCUGCUCGCAGAUAGGUAGUCACUUCAGGCGUCCUUCGCCGGCUGUAUCAGGAAGACCCUCAAGUCUCACUGGCAAACAGCCCGAUGUACGGAAUGAAUGA